CCGGCAUUAAGCCUUGAAUGUUGGCCAAGGUACUUGACAGAGAUCACAGUUUGCCUGAAGUAGCUCAGGACAACAGUAAUCCAUUGCUGAGGAUCUGCUAGCCCCACCAUCCCAGCCCAUUCUUUCCUGUCCCAACAUGGGACUGAAGACUUGUGAGCGUUGGUCCAUUCUUGUACUCUUCUUCCUACCGUUCUGCCUGUGUCAGGAGGAUUACAUGGAGGAACCUUUUGAACCUAUGGAGAAGCCACAUUCCGAAUGCAAUCAGUGCUGUCGUCGAGGAGAAGCAGGUCCCCGCGGCUGGCCAGGAGCCCCGGGUUCACCUGGAAUUCCUGGAAACCACGGAAACAAUGGGAACAAUGGUCUACCGGGGCACGAGGGGAUAAAGGGCGACAAGGGCGAUAAGGGGCACAUAGGUCUACGAGGAGAACGGGGGACACAGGGUAUUCAAGGAGAGAAGGGGCAAGCUGGGAUUCCAACAGAAUUCAAGGUGGCUUUCAUGGCUUCCAUGGCAACUCAUUUCACCAACCAAAACAGUGGCAUCAUUUUCAGCAGUGUAGAGACCAAUGUUGGAAACCAUUUUGACGUGAUGACAGGGAGGUUCACUGUUCCUGUACCAGGAGUCUAUUUCUUUAUUUUCAAUAUGAUGAAGCACGAAGAUGUGGCGGAUACGUCCGUUUUCCUCAUGCACAAUGGCAAUGCCGUCAUAACUGUGUACAGCUCUGAGGCGAAAGGCAAACAUGACAGCUCAGGGAACAGUGGAGUGCUUAAGCUUUCCACAGGUGACGAAGUGUGGCUGAGGAUGGGAAAUGGAGCUCUCUACGGGGACCAUCAACGUUUCUGUACAUUCUCUGGGUUCCUACUCUUCGAGCUCAACUAAAAACAACAAUAAAUCUCCCAAACGGGUUAAAUCCAAGGAUUAUUAUUAUUAGGUACGGUAAUGCUUACCGAUCCGAUUUAACCCUUCACAGCCUUCGUUUGCACGAGUCCGUCCUAGUCCGUUUAAAGUGAUGAGGAAAUGUUCGGUAAAGCAUAAAAGUUAUUCGUCUUCUGUUUGGGUUUGGAAUUGCAGUUCCUCUCCCUUCACACAUAUACACAUAUGUAAGCACAUAUAGAUAAAUAUACAUACAUAAAC